GCAUCUUGCAGAGAGAAGCACUUCACAGUGGCCUGAUCAGUCAGGAAACUAAGCCAAGGCUUCUCUUGAAAAUGAUGAUGGGGCUUCAUCAGUGCCUGUUCCUUCUGUUGUCCAUGUGUGGAAUCACCUCAGCUCUGAAUUGUACUGUGGUGCCAGGAGCGCUGACACAGAUCGAUGCCAGCAACGGACAGGUCUUUGGCGUAAACCGUGCAGGCAACAUUUAUACCUUGUAUGGAACCACAUGGACUCAGUUGCCAGGCACACUGACCCAUGUCACAGCCGGUCUCGGUGGCCUCUGGGGCGUGAACUCAAAUCACAACAUCUUUAGACUGGUGGGCGGCAACUGGAGGCAGGUUACAGGUUUGCUCAAACAGAUAGAUGCAGGUGGAAGCCAGUUUGUCGUUGGAGUCAACAUGAACGAUGACAUCUAUUGCCUACCCAAGUCUUCCGCAAUCUCUGCUGAUGGUAGCUCAGCACUGCCCUGGAUCCAAAUUGAAGGAAAACUCAAAUACUACUCCUGUGGGCCACGGGGUUGUUGGGGAGUUAACUCAGCGGACGAAAUCUAUUACCGGCAUGAUGUCACCCCAGAUUCCUGUGCUGGAUCCCGGUGGCAGAAUGUGCCUGGUGCACUUUCCAUGAUUGAGGUUGGGACAGAAGGAGAUGUGUAUGGAGUAAACAGCGCUGGAUACAUUUAUCGCAGGGUUGGAAUCACUGCCACCAAUCCCGUUGGAACCACGUGGGUACCUUUGAGCAAUGACCUCGGACAGAUCAAACACGUAUCCUAUGACCUGGGUCUGCUAUGGGUUUUGACUACAGACGGAAAGAUUUUGAACUGCAAAGUUUCAGAUUUUGAACAGGUGCCCGGAACAUUGACACAGAUUGAUGCUAGCAACGGACAGGUUUUUGGUGUGAACACUGCUGACAAUAGUUAUACCUUGUAUGGAAGCACAUGGACCCAAUUACCAGGGUUACUGACCCACAUCACAACAGGUCCUUCUGGUGUCUGGGGUGUGAACUCAAACCAUAACAUCUACAGGCUCGUGGGUGGCAACUGGAGGCUGGUUACAGGUUUGCUCAAACAGAUAGAUGCAGGUGGAAGCCAGUUUGUAGUUGGAGUCAACAUGAACGAUGACAUCUAUUGCCUACCCAAGUCAUCAGCCAUUGCUGCUGAUGGCAACUCUGCACUGCCCUGGAUCCACAUUGAAGGAAAACUCAAAUACUACUCCUGUGGGCUGCUGGGUUGUUGGGGAGUUAACUCAGCGGAUGAAAUCUAUUACCGGCAUAAUGUCACCCCAGAUUCCUGUGCUGGAUCCAGGUGGCACAAUGUGCCUGGCUCACUUUCCAUGAUUGAGGUUGGGACAGAAGGAAACGUGUAUGGAGUAAACAGCGCUGGAAACAUUUAUCGCAGGUACCACUAA